AUGCGUUUCACUCUUUUUACCAUUGCAGGUGCCUUCGCCGGGCUUGCUUGCGCGCAGACCUUCACCCAGUGCGACCCCACCAAGAAAGACUGCCCGAAUGACCCAGCCAUGGCGGCCACUUUCGACACCGACUUCCGCAAGGGCGCUGAAUCCGUACGGGGCUGGAAGCAGACUGCCGGGUCCCUGACCUAUUCCCAGGAAGGCGCCCAGUUUACGAUAAACAAGAGGGGAGAUGCCCCUACUAUCCAAUCAGAGGCCUAUCUUUUCUUUGGAUACGUCGAGGUCAAGAUGAAGGCCAGUCCUGGCCAAGGCAUUAUCUCGUCAAUCGUGCUGCAGUCCGAGGACCUGGACGAGGUCGAUUGGGAAUUCCUAGGCACCCAUCCGAAUUCGGUUCAAACGAACUUCUUCGGCAAAGGAAACACAACGACCUACGACCGAAUGAUCGAGGUAGGUGUCUCCAAUGCCCAACCCGAGAUGCACACCUAUGCUCUGGACUGGACUGCCGAGAGGCUCGUUUACCUCAUCGAUGGCAAGCCCGUUAGGACGCUCAACUACGCCGACCCCAAAGCCAAUGGGGGUAGAAAUUAUCCUCAGACCCCGUGCACCGUGAGAUUGGGCAUCUGGGCCGGAGGCGAUCCUAGUAACGAAAAGGGUGUCAUUGAGUGGGCAGAAGGCCCCACGGAUUACAGCAAGGCGCCCUUCACCAUGACUGUUGAGAGCGUCAAGGUCAAGAAUUACUCCCCAGGCAAGGAAUACAAAUGGACCGACAAGAGCGGCAGCUGGCAAUCCAUUGAAGUCGUGGGGGCAGGGGAUGUGAAUGGUGCUCCCGAGAACAGCGUAACGCUCGCUCCAACGGCUUCCGCUACGGGGUCUUUGCAGUCAGGUAUUGAUGCUACUGGCAAAGCCCCGCAGCCAUCUGCAACCGCUACCCAAUCUAGCAUCCCUGAGCAGUCUGACUCCCCUCAGGAAUCGAGCUUGCCGUCCGAAUCCGGCGCCACGCCCUGCAAUUGCGAUGACAUUGCCACGGUGACUGUGACUGGUGUCCCACCUCCAGCCCAGACUCCCACCACACUCAUCACCAGCUCCGGCUAUGGUGCGGAUUUGCCUUCUACUCCUUCUGCUCAGCCUCCUGUCGACAACCCCGUUACCUCGUUCCCUCCCUACCAAACCGGUGGCAUUGAGACGGACACCAACCCCCCGCCCAGCGUGCCCUUCCCGACCGGUGGCUUUCCUGCUUUGCCAUCUGGUAAUGCUUCCGCUCCGACGCCUUCGGCCCCUCUGGAAUUCCCUGGCGCUGCGAGCAACAACAAGGCCAGCGUUCUCGCCAUCCUCGUUGCCGCUGCUGUGAUGUUCGUUUACUAA